GUGGUCUGUUACUGAAUUGUCAAAAUCAUUAAGAAGUGCGUUUUAAUCAAUAGUUGUUGCAAUAUUUUUAAUAUUCAUGAAAUUCAUUUUAAGUAUGAAGUUUUGUGCUAGUUAUUAGACGAUUUUAAAAGUACUGGAAAAUAACUAAACAUGGCCAGUUCAGUCAUUUUAGCGGGCCUUGGAAUGGCAGCAGUCGGGUUCGCCGGCCGAUACGUCCUACGACAAAUGCCGAACGCAACAUCAAAAUUUGCCGAAGCUGUUAAAAAUUUACCGAAAUUCGAUAGCGAAAGUCUAGCUAAUUCUAAAUAUUAUAAAGGUGGAUUUGAACCUAAGAUGACCAAAAGGGAAGCUGCUUUAAUUUUAGGUGUCAGUCCUACAGCUAGCAAAGCUAAGAUUCGGGAUGCCCAUAGAAAAGUAAUGUUGCUAAACCAUCCGGAUCGAGGAGGUUCACCAUUGAUAGCAGCUAAAAUAAACGAAGCUAAAGACCUUUUGGAAAGUGGGAAGUCAUAACAUGAUAGAUUUAGCAAAAUUAUGUGUAUAUAGAACAAUGUUAGAACAAAGUUGCUGUUAAAAUGUUUGGCUAGACUAAUUACCUGAUUGAUGUAGUAGCAUUCAACUUUGUUUAUAAGGGUAAUUAUAAAUAAAAUUCAUUUUAACAUCUCAAUAGUCUAUUCUGUCACAAUGAACAUCCAUACAUGUAUUAUGGCAUAUCCUAACAUGAUUAUAGGGAAUUAGGCAGACAGCUUGCUAAUCACAGCACAAUACACAAGGACCCACAGAAACCAUCAAAAAUGUAUUUUAUAAAAAUACAUUGAAACAUUCUAUAGUAAACAUGUCUAUUAAUACAGUU